UGACAGCCUCUGCUUUGCUGAAAGGCAGUGCUGCUGUUGCCUCCUCUGCGGUGCGCAUCGCGCUUCCCAGCUGGAGAGAAGAAGCCCUGCGUCGCCGGUGAUCCUCCGCGCAAAGUGUAAUGGUCCAGACUUAAAUGACCACAAUUUAAAAGAGCUGCACAAAUAGUCAUGGCUUCUGAACAAAGCCUAAAACAAGGAGAAGCUUCUUCAAAACCCAUCAUGCUAAAAAAGAAGAAAAAGAAAGAGGAAGUACCUGCAAGAAAAGAUGGAAAUGAACCAUGCUCACUUGAUUUUAAAACAACAGAUCUACAAAAAUGCAUGGAAGAAAUUACUGAUUUUAUUUGUAAUGAUGAAAUACCAAAAGCUGAAUAUGUCAGCUUGCUAAAUGAUUAUGUUGAGUCAGAGUUUUUUCUGAUUGAUGGUGAUUCGUUGUUCAUCACUUGUGCGAGUGACACAACAUUACAACCAGGACAAAACUUACACUUCUUUUACUUAGUCGAACGCUUUCUCCUGGAUUUAACAAGCAAAGGGGCAAAAUUUGUCAUUGUUUUCUUCAAGGAUGCAGAAUAUCUGUAUUUCCAAAAUCCUGAUCUUAGUUCUCUGCGCAGAGCAUUGAUCAUGCAUCUAAAGAACAACACUGAAAUACCAAUACAUACUGAAUUUCCUAACUGCUUAGAAGACAGCUGGCAGAGUUUUCUGGAAGAGAAUUAUCCUUAUUUCUUAAUAAUUUCGGAUGAAGGGUUGGAUGAAAUGCAGACCAAUUUUUUUCACUUAUUCAUCAUCCAAACUUUGUCAAACAAAGUCAAUGUUGUGCUUACUUUAGGUCAAGAAUCAGAUGUUAUCAGAGUUUAUGGAUACCAUAUCCACAGUGCAUACCGUCACCAGAUUUUUUUCUGGAAGCGAAAAGCGACAGUAAAGCAUUACUAUAAAACACUGAUUGAGAACUUGAAAGAAUGUAGAGCAAAAGUAUGCCUUUCUCUUAGUGGUUGUUCAAAUAUGGAUGUUUUGGCAGCAAAGGUUCAUGAAAAAUUCAGCCAAUUCAAGAAAGAUAUGGAAGAUCUUCGAUAUAUCAUCUGUAUUAUCACUUGUUCAAUGGUCCUGGAAAUGCGUACUCAGAAAUAUAUGAACACAACAUUAACACUGCAAGAAACUGAAGACCUAACCAGGAUGUAUUGCCUCAGUGUGGUUUUUCUACACCAUCUGCCCCUUGAGCAGCGAGCUCGAAUUAGACACAUUGAUGACUGCUGGAAGAAGGAAGUUUUAAGAUUUAUACAGCAGCAUAAACUGUGUGAAUUUCUUGUUCUGGGACAUCUUACCACGCAGACCUCAUGGAAAAUGGAUUUUUCUACAUUGCCUGAUUUAAGCGAUACUCUUUUGUGGAAGAAUAUUGCAUUUUAUUAUGAAGCAGAAAAUGUUGCAGGAUUUGAUUUAAAUUUAGGAACAAUAAUUAGUAAGGACUAUGAACUUCUGUGGAGACAUAUUACAGCAUUAUCUGAAUCGCAUGAUAUUGGAUCAUCAUUUCCAUUGAAGAUAAGUUCAUGCUGUUUUCUUGAAAAGAAAUCUUCACCUAGCAAGAAAGGUAUCACAUCACUUCUCAAACCAGGACUUAUACCAAUGGAAAAUUCAAUAGUGAAUAAAUUUGCUGGGGAUAUUUUAAUUGAUUUGUCAUUUUUGAAAAGUGAUGAUCCUGUGGUUACCUCACUGAAAAAACAGAAAGAUUUUGAUGAACUUCGGCACUGGCAUUCAGGAAAACUCCUUAGUGAUGAUUAUGACAGAACACAUGCAGAUGAAGCAGCACCCAAGGAUCCAUGGGUCCUACGGAAUCAACAGAAACGACAAAGUUUUAUGCAAUUUUAUGGGCAAUCCCUAGAAGAAGGUAACCUGUCAAAAACAAUUGUUGCUCAAGUGGAUCCUCCAAAAAAGGCUUACGCUGAUCCCAAAAAAAGCAAGACAGUUCAAAAGACGAAAGCAGAAGUUAUUAUUGAGGAGAACAAAAAAAGAAGGAAAACUGAAGAAGAGAAAAAAGAGGAACGUCAAUGGGCUACUCUUUCAGUGUCAAUCCAAACAAAAAUCAAAGAGAAUAUGACCUCUGGAAUAAAGUAUCUAGAAGAUUUUCUGAAAAAAUGUCAGAGUACAUCUGUGAAAUGUAGUGCUGAAUUGGCUGCAAUGAAUGUUUGCUUCAGUGUAUGGACAGAAAACAGCAGGACUGAAGGCAAAAUUGGUGACUUAAAUAUUGCAGUUGAAUUGAUGAGAAGGAUCCAUUCAUUGAUUGUAAAUUAUGACCACCUCAAUUUAUUGAAAGAGACUGAAUUCCAACAGAUUGGUCAAUGUCUCCUGACCCUUGGAUUUGACAACCUGGCAACAUCUUUAAAAUUUAUCAAGGUUUCAGAAGAUAAAAAGAAAGAACUUAAAAGGAAGUCUUCAAAGUAUGCUCUUGGCAUGGGAUCUUCCCGUUUUCAGCUGCAGUAUAUGAGCCAUUUUCUUAUACGGGAUGAAAGAAAAGACCCUGAUCCCAGAGUUCAACAUUUUAUUCCUGAUACAUGGCAGAGGGAACUUCUUGACAUUGUGGAUAAUAAUGAGUCUGCAGUAAUUGUUGCUCCUACAUCAUCAGGCAAAACAUAUGCUUCUUACUAUUGUAUGGAGAAAAUCCUGAGAGAUGGUAAUGAAGGUGUGAUUGUAUAUGUUGCACCCACAAAGGCUCUUGUAAAUCAAGUGAGUGCGACUAUUUAUAAUCGAUUUAAUAAAGUACUGCCUGGUGGUCUUGCAAUAUGUGGCGUUUUUACACGAGAUUUUCGCUAUGAUGUUUUGAAUUCUCAGAUACUGGUAACAGUGCCUCAGUGUUUAGAAAUCUUACUGCUCUCACCUCGUCGCCAAGAGUGGGCCAAAAAAAUAAGAUAUGUUAUAUUUGAUGAGGUACACUGUCUUGGAGGUGAAAUUGGGGCAGAAGUUUGGGAGCAUCUUCUGGUUAUGAUUCGAUGCCCAUUUUUGGCCCUCUCUGCAACUAUAAGCAACCCCAAGCAUCUUGCCGAGUGGCUGCAGUCAGUAAAAGUAUACUGGCGAAAUACUGAAACUGAACUAGCAAAGUCUAGUUCUUCCUUACUUGGAGGGGCCAAAGGAAAGAAAAGUGCCAGAGUACAAAAUAUCUCAUACAAGGUUAAAUUAGUGAUACAUGGAGAAAGAUACAAUGACUUAGAAAAACAUGUAUGCUCCUUCAAUCGUGGUGAGUUUACAAUCCAUCACUAUCAUCCCUGCGCUGCACUGACUGUGGAUCAUCUUGAGAGAUAUGGUUUUCCACUGGAUCUUUCUUUAUCUCCUCGAGAAACUGUGAUAUUGUAUGAUACUAUGGUAAAAUCUAGGAAAAGUUGGCCAAAGGCAAAUGAACUGGAUCCUGAAGUAUUUUUUAAGGACCAAAUUGUAAUCACCAAAACUGAUGCAAGACGUUAUGAAACAAAAUUGAAAGAAGAAUUGGAAAUGUGGAUUAAAAAUGGCAAUAAAAAUAAGGCAAAAGCAGUUCUGGCACUCCUUAAGCCUCAGCUUACCACUUCUUCUGAAACAGACAUGAAAACACACUUUCCUCAUUUUGUUGAAAAACUCAAUCAGAUGAAUAAAUUACCUGCAUUGUUUUUCUUAUUUGACGUCAAAGGAGUGGAAAAAUUGGCUGGGGAAGUCUGCACUUUCUUAGAGAGGAAGCAAAGCCUUAAAAGAAGUGGACAACACACAGAAGGACAACCCAGUUCCAAAAAGGACAGUCAUGCAGAUAAGCAGAGCUCACGUUCAAAGAAUAUUAAAAAAAUGGAAAAAAGGGCAAAAAAGAUUGAAAAAGCUACACAGAAAUUUCCAUCUGACGAUACCAAAUUUACCCAUAAAGACGAGAAAUGUUUUGUUUUGGAAGCUGAACUUGACAAUAUAACAAAGCACCUGGAUAAACUUUCUGAAAUCCCUCCUGAUUGCACAUAUGCAAAUUGGCAAACUGUUGAUAAUGAGUUUUUGGAAAAAGUCUUUCAUCGGGCAAGAUUCGUGAGAAAUAACCAAGCACUGAAAAAACUAGUACUAAGAGGCAUUGGUUAUCACCAUACUUCUGUGGAAAAGAAAGCGAGGCAGGUGGUAGAGAUGCUUUUCAGGAAAGGAUUUAUCCAGGUGGUGACAACUACGGGAACCUUGGCCUUGGGAAUCAACAUGCCAUGCAAAUCUGUUGUUUUUGUACAAGAUUCUGUCUAUUUAGAUGCUCUGAACUACAGGCAGAUGUCUGGACGGGCUGGGCGACGUGGCCAAGAUUUGUUGGGAAAUAUCUAUUUUUUAGACAUUCCUAUGCCCAAAAUACAGAAACUCAUAAAAUCAAAUGUUCCUGAGCUUCGAGGACAGUUUCCUUUGAGCAUUUCUCUAAUAUUGAGACUCAUGCUAUUGGCUUCAAAGGCGGAUGACAAGAAGGAUGCAGAAGCAAAGGUUUUAUCUAUAUUGAAGCAUUCACUUUUAUCCUUCAAGCAACCCAGGGCUCUGGAAAUGUUGAAACUCUAUUUCUUGUUUUCCUUACAAUUUCUUGUGAAGGAGGGAUAUGUGGAUCGCAAAGGUAAUACAACUGGAUUUUCUGGACUUGUAACUCAUCUGCAUUACCAUGAACCUUCCAAUAUUGUUCUAGUUGAAUUUCUCGUGAAAGGUUUGUUCCACAAGCUGUGUGAACCCAGCAAGAUAAAACGAUCAAACGUUUUCUCUAGUGAUGUGAUGGAAACAUUGGUGCUAGUAUUGGCACAUCUUUUUGGAAGAAGAUUUCUUCCUGCUGUCAAUUCUGGAAGGAAGUUUUAUCAGUCAAAGGUGUUUCUUAAAGAUCUCCCAAAAGAUUUUGCUGAUGCUUUGCAUGAAUACAAUUGCAAAAUUGAAGAGAAUUUUAGACAAUUUUUGAAGAUAGUGUCAUCUUUGGCUGAUAUGAAGCAAGAAUACAAACUGCCACUUUCAAAAUUUGAUUUUUCAAGUAAGAAGCAACCUGACUCUCCGCUUGCAUCUCACUUAAUGAGUUGUGAUGAGGGAAGGACAGCAGUUUCACCAUUUGUGUGCCUUUCAGGAAAUACAGAAAUUGAUUUGUUCCAUGCAGAGACGGUUGACAGUGUCAUUUUGCACACAAUCGGCAUUAAAGCUGCCAACAUUCCUGUUUUCUGUUCUAAGAAAUAUGAUAGGAAGGGAAGAAUUAUGCCACAGAAUGCCUAUAUCCUUGAUUUUUACAAACAUGGAUCUUUGGUAGCAAUGGAACAGGACAACGGUAUACAUGAAGGAGAAGCUUAUUAUUUGCUGAAGGACUUUUCUCUUGCUCUUCAAGCAAUCAGUGUUUCUUUGCGUGAACUUUGUGACAAUGAAGUUGAUAAUGUUGUUCUGGCAUUUGAGCAAUUAACCACAGACUACUGGAGUAAACUGGAAAAGGUGUAAGGACACAUCAAGAAAUGACCACUAAAGGGAAAAGCAUACCCUUCGAUUUCAUUUACUUUUGAGAACCUUAGGCAGACUGUUAUAUAUAAGAUUAACAAGACUUUUAGUUAAAGUCAAUUUAUUUGAAUUGUGUUUAAACUAUAGAACAACCAGAGAAAUCAGGAGAAAAUGAUUACAUGCUUGAUUAUACUGAGGUACCUUUGUAUUUUGUAAAGUGAACAAUAAAAUACGUAAAAUAAAAUGACAAUUCUAGUCCUGUGAAGACACUUGUCCCAGAAAAUAUUUUUUUGUUAAGGGAUAAUGCUUUAUUUUAAUUGAACUGCAAUCAAAGUCAACUGCAGAAAAUAUUGUGCAUUUUUGUCUGUUAAUUUUUAACUGAAUAGAGAAAAUUAAAUAAAUCUUUGUUUCCUAAGAAAA